AUGACGCUCGACUUGCUCAAUUUUAUCGAUAACAAGGGAGGAAAUGCGGAGGAGAUCCGGGAGUCGCAGCGGAAAAGAGGGGAGUCGGUAGAGUUGGUAGACGAGGUAAUUCAGAUGUACACGGACUGGGUGAAGAUGGACUUUGAGGCGAAUGGUCUCAGCAAGCAAGUGAAUGCAGUACAGAAAGAAAUCUCGGCAAAGAAAAAGGCUAAACCGGCAGAUGAACUUGUUGCUCGGAAAAAAGAACUAGACGGACAGGUCGCUGCCAAAAAGGCAGAGACGAAGGAGUUCGAGAUCAAGAUGCGACAAAAAGCGAGUACGGUUGGAAACAUUGUCGGAAAGAAUGUUCCUGUCAGCCAGACGGAAGAUAACAAUGCCAUACUACGAACAUGGCAUCGCGCCGAUGAAAGCGACGAGCCGCCUGUAAGGACCGAUAUUAUGCCCCAUCACGAAGUUUUACUUCGACUAGAUGCUAUGGACCUCGAUCGCGGUGCAAAGAUUGCCGGUCACCGUGGCUACUUCCUAACAAACGACGGCAUCGACUUGAACCAGGCACUCAUAUCAUACGGCCUUGACUUCCUUCGAAAGAAGCAGUACAAGAAAAUUCAGCCCCCCUUCAUGAUGAACAAAGAACAAAUGGCCAAGACUGCUCAGUUGGAUCAGUUCGACGAGGAGCUGUACAAGGUUAUUGCUUCAGACGACGAGAAAUACCUUAUUGCGACCUCAGAACAGCCAAUCUCGGCCUAUCACUCAGAGGAAUGGUUCGAGAGCCCCGACACGCAGCUUCCCAUCAAGUACGCAGGCUACUCGACAUGUUUCCGAAAAGAGGCAGGAUCAGCUGGCCGCGAUAUGUGGGGCAUCUUCCGCGUGCACCAAUUCGAGAAAGUAGAACAGUUUGUCAUCACUGACCCGACAAAGAGCUGGGAAAUGUUCGACCAUAUGAUCGCGAACAGCGAGGAGUUUUACCAGAGCUUGGGAUUGAGGUACAGGGUCGUAGCCAUUGUUUCGGGCGCGUUGAAUCUUGCGGCUGCGCAGAAGUAUGAUUUGGAAGCGUGGUUCCCAUUCCAGAGAGCGUAUAAGGAGCUCGUUUCGUGCUCAAAUUGUACUGAUUACCAGAGCCGGCGAUUAGAAGUUCGUUGUGGGCUCAAGACGAAGGAACAGACGCGUAAGGUGUACGUGCACAUGUUGAAUGGUACACUUUGCGCAACGGAACGAGCUCUUUGCUGUCUCGUCGAGAAUUAUCAGACUCCCGAGGGGCUUGUCAUUCCCGAGGUCUUGAGACCUUAUAUGCAAAGCCGUGAUUUCCUUCCAUUUGUGAAAGAGCUGCCUAAAGGGUUGCAGCGAAAACAAGCAUAG